AUGUCAGACGCAUCCAUCAGUAGCUCCAACGAGAAGUCGGACCCAGAAAAUACAAGCUCGUCCGAAGUCUGGCAGGAUGCACCUCAAACCAGCCAAGAUGAGGAGCCAGCACCCCGGGUUCGAUUUCGAUCAAAUGCGGAUUUUAUGCAAAAGGCCCAGCAUCACCCGCCAGCAGAAGGUCCCCGGGAAGAAUGGGAACAUGCUCACAGUCAAGCGCUGGCACAUAGACCGACAAUGCCAUACUCUCAUGAAUCCGAGGAUAUUACCGACACGCCACUGCAAGAUCGUGAGCCACACCCGACUGAGACAGAAGGCGUCGAAAGGACAGACCAGAACAAGCCACCGGAAGGUGAAAAGAAGGAAGAUGAAAAGCAGGAAGACGAGAAGAAGGGGCCUGAGACACCCGAGCAGCGAUCCACACGGGAGAAAUUGCGAGAUAUGACUAGGGACUUCAGACAGAAAGCAUCGGAAUUCGGUGACCGCCUGGGCCGCCCACAGACCGAGGGAGACGACUUAUCAGCCGGGAAGUAUCACGCGGACUGGGCGACCGGCGGUGCAGUUGCCCUGUCUGACAUGACAGAUGACAAGCACAAAAGUGUGGAGGAUAAGCAGCGGCACCAGAAGGGGACCAGCAAUGAGGCUCAUCGUCUGGUCCGAGAUUUGACCCAAGAUCAUUCCCAAAAGCGUCGCAAGGGUCGUCCGAAGCCUUAUCCUCACGCCGGGAUCGAGUUUGAAGACGAAGAGAAUGAACCAGGGGCUGAUCCGAACUUCAGAUAUCGCUCUGGUGGAGGUGGGAUCCUGUCGCAGUUGAUCAAAUUGCAAGGUGGUCAGCAACAAGGUGCUGGAGGCCAGUCUCGAACCUCAACUGACUCGUCCCGUAGCGCAGAAUCCGCCCCCAGCGGGGCACCAACCCCAACCGGAGCCGGACCCCCCAAGAAGACAAAGCCAGUAAAAUGGUAUAAAAAGCCCCAAAAUGCAUCCAAUUCAACCUUGAUUGGUGGGCACGCGGAUAGUUUCAGUGGUGCGAGCACUCCUGUGUCGAGCGAGAUCCUAUCACAAGCGUCGAAGCGUCGCGACAAGGAGGGUGGCGGCGGUGGAGGUCGGAAUAUGCGGCUUGAGGAUGAAAUUCGAGUGACGGUGCAUAUUGCAGAGAUUAUCUGUCGGCAGCGGUAUAUCAUGCAGCUCUGCAAAGCCUUGAUGUUAUUCGGUGCUCCCACACAUAGACUUGAAGAAUACAUGCAGAUGACCUCAAAGGUGCUGGAGGUUGACAGCCAAUUCCUAUAUCUGCCAGGCUGCAUGGUCAUGUCGUUUGAUGAUCCUUCUACCCGUACAACGGAGGUGAAGCUGGUUCGCGUCGCCCAGGGAAUUGAUUUGGCUCGCCUAUCGGACACACAUCUCAUCUACAAGAACGUAAUCCACGAUGUGAUCGGCAUUGAAGAAGCAAUCCAGGAGCUCGAUUCAGUCAUCAAGAAAAAACCUCAGUAUCACAAGGCCAUCGUUGUUUUGGUGUAUGGGUUGGCCACUGCCACUGUGGGACCUUUCGCCUUCAGUGCUAGGCCGAUUGACAUGCCAAUCAUUUUUCUUAAUGGUAUUCUUGUCGGUUUAAUGCAACAUGUCGCAGCACCUCGUUCGGUGUUAUAUUCAAAUGUCUUUGAAGUGACAUCGACAGUGGUGACGUCCUUCCUUGCCCGAGCUUUCGGUAGCAUCGCCCUUGGAGUUGAGAACGGGAAGCCACAAUAUCUCUUUUGCUUUUCCGCCAUCGCGCAAUCAUCGAUUGCAUUGAUAUUGCCAGGCUUCCUUGUUCUUUGUAGCAGCUUGGAACUUCAGUCUCAUCAGAUCAUCGCUGGCUCGAUUCGGAUGGUCUACGCUCUCCUCUUUUCGCUGUUCAUUGGGUAUGGAAUUACCGUUGGCACAACCAUCUACGGGCUAAUAGACAACAAUGCGGUAUCUGACACUUCGUGCCCAGAAAAGGGCGCCUUUAAGAAUCCCUAUGUUCAACGGUUCCCCUUCGUUGCGAUCCAGACAGUCUGGCUUUUGAUCAUCAACCAAGGAAAAUGGAAACAGCUCCCACCUAUGAGCGUCAUCGCAUUGGCGGGCUACAUUAGCAACUACUUCAGCACGAAGAAACUGGGAUCAAACUCCCAGGUUGCGAAUACAGUCGGCGCGUUUGUCAUCGGCGUCAUGGGAAACAUAUACAGCAGGUUUUGGCAUGGUCACGCUGCGACCGCUAUUCUGCCUGGCAUUUUCGUUCUUGUUCCAUCUGGACUUGCUGCUACGGGUUCUUUAAUCUCGGGUGUACAGUCUGCGGAUGAGAUUCGUACCAAUGUCGGGUCUCAUGGUGGUGGCGCUGGUUCAGGGCCCGGAGCUGGCUUAUCCUCCGGUAGUUCUGUAUUCAGUCUAGGAUUUGGUAUGAUCCAAGUAGCUAUUGGCAUUACGAUCGGUUUGUUCAUCUCCGCAUUGGUGGUUUAUCCAUACGGCAAGGCCCGCAGCGGACUGUUUAGUUUCUAG